GCCCGAGUAAGUAGAAAAAUUUGCUCCCAAAGCAGCUACAAACUUUUUUCAUUAUGGAUGCACCGCAGCACACCUAUAUAAUGGAUGGUUAGCACACUCAGAGUCUGGCAACAGAUUUCGCAAUGGCUCUUCCUUCUUUGGUCGCAAGCUUCCUUCCCUCCUCAAUUCACCAUAGCCAACCCUCCUCCUCUUCCUCCUCCGCUGUGUCCUCCGGCCCUCGAUUCGCGACAUGCGGUUUGAAGAUUGAAGAUCAAGAGAUUGCGAGACGUUCGGCGAAUUGGAAACCGAGCGUUUGGGACUAUGAUUUUGUGCAAUCACUCGGUGUUGAUUACACGGAGGAUAUAUAUACGGAGCAAGUCCGAAGGUUGAAGGAAGAAGUCAAGGGUCUAUUCGACCGGGAGAUGAAUCAGGUGGCAAAACUCGAGCUCGUUGACGGGGUUCAAAGACUGGGACUAGGAUAUCAUUUCGAGACAGAGAUCAAGAACGCUCUUGGUUCCAUCCAUAACAACAUCGAAGAUGCUCAGCUUUCAGAUGAUCUCUAUCCCGCUUCCCUUCGAUUCCGGCUACUCAGACAACAUGGAUACAACGUACAGCAAGAUGUGCUUCAAAGGUUUAUGAACGAGACAGGCACAUUCAACGAAUCGCUCAAAAGGGAUGUGAAGGGGGUUCUUGGUCUUUAUGAAGCUUCUGUCCAUGGAUUGGAAGGUGAAACCAUACUUGAUGAAGCUUGGAACUUUGCUUCUAAGCAUCUGAAGGAUCUAAACCUCGACAAAGUUCCCACCAAUUCAGCGAGUAACGUGAGUCAUGCAUUGGAUAUGCCGAUCCACUGGAGGCCAAAUAGGGUGGAGGCUCGGUGGUUCAUUGACAUGUACGAGAAACAACAAGACAUGAUGCCAUCUUUGCUACGAUUGCCUAAAUUAGACUUCAAUUUAGUGCAGUCAAUCUACAGGAAGGAACUUAGCAAUGUGGCAAGGUGGUGGGAUGAACUUGGGGCGACCAACACGACCUUCUUUAGGGACAGGCUAGUGGAAUGCUAUUUCUGGAGCAUUCUAAUGGUUUUCGAACCUCAAUAUACAGCUUUCAGAGAAAUGAAUGCGAAGAUCGCUUGUAUGGUGACACUUAUCGAUGAUGUUUAUGACGUAUAUGGGAUGCCGGAAGAGCUUGAGCUCUUAACAGAUUUCAUUGUCAGGUCUGCGUAGUAUUAGAACCAUCAUCAUUUUCCCUUGUAACUAUUAUU